AGGGCCAAAAAAUAAAAUAAAAUAAACUGUAGAAAGUGUUUGUUAUAAUGCCAUCUCUUUGAUUUUGAGUUGUAGGUAUUUUCCAGCAUCAAUGGACAACACGAUCAUGGGCUUUAUCUUCCUUCCAAUGUUGUUGAUGGAAUGCUUCAUGGCUGCCUUAGCCAUGUCUGAACCAAACUUCACCACAGACCAAUUUGCCCUUCUUGAAUUCAAAGCUCACAUCACUUCUGAUCCUCUUAAUAUCAUGUCCUCCAACUGGACUUCUGCCACCUCAAUAUGUAACUGGGUUGGUGUUUCUUGCGGUGCUCUUCAUCGUAGAGUCACAACCUUGGAUCUUCCAAACAUGAACCUCACUGGAAGCCUCCCUCCCAAACUGGGAAACCUCUCAUUCCUUGUUUCUCUUAACUUGAGUAGAAACAACUUCCAUGGCCAUUUGCCUUCAGAAUUUGGGAAGCUGCAGCGUUUGAGACUCAUAGACUUAAGCCACAAUUUUCUUUAUGGAAGCAUCGCCGAUGAUAUUUGGUUGCUUUCAAAGUUGGAGAUUUUUAGAGUAGGAAGCAACCAACUUACAGGAACUAUAUCAAGAAACAUUGGGGAAAUACCACAGGAGAUAGGUAAUCUUCAUAAUUUGGAGAGAUUUGUUGCUGGAAAUGCAGGCUUCUUUGGUUUCAUUCCACCAAAUAUUUUCAAUAUCUCUUCCUUAAGAUGGAUUUGUCUCUACACAAAUAACCUUUUUGGUACCCUUCCUAUUGACUUGUGCUACCACCUGCCAAAUCUUGAGGUACUUUAUCUGGAUGAGAAUCAAUUACAAGGCUCAAUUCCCUCAAGUAUAGGAAAAUGCAAGAAGCUUAAGGGUUUGUCUCUAGGGAAUAAUAGAUUCACUGGAUACAUUCCAAGAAGCAUUGGGAACUUGACCGAACUUAUUGAAAUAUAUUUGGGUGAUAACAACUUGGAAGGAGAAUCAAUUACAAGGCUCAAUUCCCUCAAGUAUAGAAAGAUGCAAGAAGCUUUAGGAUUUGUCUCUAGGGAAUAAUAGAUUCACUGGAUACAUCCCAAGAAGCAUUGGGAACUUGACAGAACUUAGUGCAAUAUAUAUGGGUGAUAACAACUUGGAAGGUGAGAUUAGUCAAUAUGUUUUCUUCUUCAUAAUAUAUGAGAUUAGUAAAUUUGGAGUAAUUGU